AUGGUGAAUAGUUUGUCACUUAGAAGCAUACUUGAUGUAAACAAGUUGACAAGCCCAAAUUUCAUUGACAGGUUUCGCAAUAUCAAGAUUCUCUUGAAACAAGAGAAAAAGGCUUAUGUCUUAAAUGGUCCUGUUCUCGAGAAACCUAGCGAUGAUGCUACAAAUGAGGAAAAUGAGGCUUAUACAGUUUAUGUGGAUGAUCUCGAUCAAGCCACAUGUGUGAUGUUGGCUAGUAUUGCUCUAGAUCUUAAAAAGCAACAUGAAGCUAUAAAGGCUCUAGAUAUUAUCCUAAACCUUAGAGAAAUGUUUGAUAAGGAAAGUCACACAGAGAGAUUCGACAUUUCAAGGGAAUUGUUUAGGUGUAAAAUGUCUGAGGGAAGCCCAAGAAAGCCUUAUGUGGUUAAGAUGAUAUGA